UUGUGAAUUUUCGGAAAUAAUUAAAGAAAAAUGAGGGGAAAUUCUAUAUAUAGAUUGCUUUCAUAUUUUCAAAAUAGUUCUUAACGAGAAGCCACCCCGUCAACUUUUCCGUUUUCCGCACCGAAACAAAUUUUCCUUAUCAAAUAUAUUAUUUUAUUUUUGACCAAACAAAAUCAUGAAUUGCAAGUUGAUUUUUGGAUUUCUUACCAUUUUGGCCACUUUAGACAUUUUUGUGGCUCAAGAUGUUACCAAAAUGCUUCAGAAUAAAACACUUGUACAGAGGCAAAUUAAUUGUGCUUUGGAUCGCGAACCCUGCGAUGCUCUUGGGAAUCAAAUAAAAGGUCUAACAAUGGAAGCUAUUGCCAAUAGUUGUCGACGAUGCAGCCGAAAGCAUGCGAAAAUGUCACAACAAGUUAUCGAAUUUAUGCAAGACAACUAUCCGCAGGAAUUUAGAGAAAUUCUUCAGCACACAAUUAACAAAUUGAAUCAACAAGCCUGAACCCACUGAAAAUUGAUUAAAUAAUUAAUUAUUACAAUUGACGAAUUAAUUUUAUAUGAAUUAAAAAAUAAUAAGAGAUAUAAUAUUGUUUUGCAAAAAUAAGUGCGGGUUGUCAAACAAACCAUACAAUGAAUCAAUUUAUUUUUCCAUCUGACAAUUUAUACAAAUUGAAAAAGAAAUGAAGUUCUUAUUUUACAGAAUU